AUGGUCUCCUCUACAUCACUCGUAGGCUUCUAUUUUGUUUUCUUCAAGAAGAAGUCCAAAUCAAAAGAUGAAGAAAAAAGACUCACAUUUGAUCGUCUAGAGGACAAGUUGAAUGGUGCUGUUGCAGCGAUGAAUCUGAAGGAGAAAGAGGCAAAGGCAGAAAUGAGUAGCCCAUAUAUUUCAGAAUAUUCGCCCGGUGUGCACGCUGAACGAAUGAAUGCAUUAUCAAAGGGUAAGACGAAAUCUGCAACCGCCAUCAUUCAGAAGGAGAAACAUUUGAAGACGGAAAAUCGCAGCUCCAGCCUCGAAAAAAAUGCAGGAGAGAAAAUGGGUCUUGGACUAUUUGAAGCUGCUAAUGUGAUGUGCAAUAUAGUGGAAAUAUCCAAGGACAGCACAAUGCACCGCCGCACUCACGAAGCCAAUACGGUUUCCAAACAUGAGAAACCGGUAAAAACAUCAAGCAAAUCGAGCAUAACUUCUGUGUCGUCGCAAAGUGGCCCAUUUGCAAUGAUGAAGGAAAGCGAAAAGAAAAAGAAGAAAAGUAUCGAUCUAGAGGAUGACUGA